UACUACGAUAGUUUCCCCACCCUGAUUUACAUUAAAACACCGGGCUGAAGCCGUAGUAGCAAAAGUUGACGGCACGAGGUGAUUGAAAUUUUAUAUAAGUUACGCGAAGACCUUGUCCGAGAACAUGGCUAGUACAAGCAGCUCAAAAGAAGGUUCAAUCCUCGCAAAAUUGGGUCUACAACCUGUAACUAAGUGCAGUCUCGUCAAAUUCUACGCCCCAGCCGUCGGUGUCGCCUCCUAUACCGCACUGUCGGUUAACGUCAUGAAUCCUAGCCUCGUCAUAAGAAUAUUCCCAAAGAGAGACAUCACAAAUUUUCUACUGGCCACUGCAUUGUUUGGUACUAGCAGCUACAUCUACACGAGGGAUCAUUUGAAAAAGGCACCAACUACAGCCAGAGUUGCCUAUAGUGCUGCUGGUGCUCUGCUGCUGAGCUUUGGAUCUGUUUUACUUUGGGCUGUUCUGAGAUCCAUCGUACCACCCAAUCCCACUAUCUGCACAUUAGCUGGUGUUGGUUCCGGUCUUGCCCUGGUGAAGAUUGGCACCAGCUAUCUUGACUUUGUCGACCAGGAGGUAUUAAGGAAGUAGUAAGCUUUUGUCAGGUAUUCACUGACGAAGACAAUUCUACAUCUGUUUUUAAAUGAAACUAAAAUGUACAUAAUAGGGAAGGGACAAUAACAGGACUAAGUCUUACUAGAAAGAUCUGCGAAAUUUAAUAAUAUACCAAAAAUGAGUUACAUUAUUGUACAGAUACUCGACGUACGUAUGUAUUUCAAUUAUUGAACAGAAGCAGCACUAAA